AUGGGAUCCACAACCAGUACAAAUAACGUGACUGAAUUAAUUAUCACUGGCCUUUUUCAGGAUACAGAGGUGCAGAGAGCAUGCUUUGUAGUGUUUCUGCCUGUGUACCUGGCCACAUUGGUGGGCAAUGGCCUCAUAGUGUUGACAGUUAAUGUGAGUAAGAGUCUGAAUUCCCCCAUGUACUUCUUCCUUAACUACCUGUCCCUGGUGGAGAUCAGUUACUCCUCUACUGUUGUCCCUAAAUUCAUCACUGACUUACUCACCAAGAUUAAAACUAUCUCCCUGGAGGGUUGUCUGACUCAGAUAUUCUUCUUCCACUUCUUUGGUUUGACAGAGAUUCUCUUGCUCACAGUGAUGGCUUAUGACCGCUACGUGGCCAUCUGCAAACCCCUGCACUACACAACCAUCAUGAGCCGACCUGUGUGUCACCUUCUAGUGGCUAUUUCCUGGCUGGGGGGCAUAAUUCACUCUGUAAUUCAGAUCCUUGUCACUGUCCAAUUGCCCUUCUGUGGCCCCAAUGUAAUUGACCACUACUUCUGUGACCUCCAUCCCCUAUUCAAGAUUGCCUGCACAGACACCUUUGUGGAUGGUGUUAUUAUUUUGGCUAUCAGUGGCUUAAUCUCUGUUAUAUCCUUCCUCAUCUUAGUAUCUUCUUAUAUUGUCAUCUUGGUCAACUUGAGGAACCAUUCUGCUGAGGGGAGGCGCAAAGCCCUCUCUACCUGUGCCUCUCACAUCACGGUGGUCAUCUUGUUCUUUGGGCCUGCUAUCUUCCUCUACAUGAGGCCCUCUUCCACCUUCACUGCAGAUAAACUUGUCGCUGUGUUCUACACGGUCAUCACCCCCAUGCUGAACCCCAUCAUCUACACACUCAGAAAUGCAGAGGUGAAAAAUGCUAUGAGAAGGUUGUGGGGCAAGAAAGUGAACUCAGGAGUGGAGUGA